AUGCCCGUGGCGGAGGCCCCCCAGGCGGCUGGCGGGCAGGGCGACGGAGGAGAUGGCGAGGAGGCGGAGCCAGAGGGGAUGUUCCAGGCCUCCCGGAAGAGAAAAGUCCGGGGCUACCUCCGCCUGGUGCCUCUGUGGCUGGCCCUGGUCGCGCUGGCUUCAGGGGGGUUCCUGCUCUGGUAUUUUCUAGGGUACCAGCCAGAGGCGACCGUCAGCCAGGUGUACUCCGGCAGCCUCCGUGUGCUCAAUCGCCAGUUCUCCCAGGACCUCGCCCACCGGGAGUCCAGUGCCUUCCGCAGUGAAACCGCCAAAGCCCAGGAGAUGCUCAAGGCCCUCGUCACCAGCACCCGCCUGGGCGCUUACUACAACUCCAGCUCUGUCUACUCCUUCGGGGAGGGACCUCUCACCUGCUUCUUCUGGCUCAUCCUCCAAGUCCCCGAGCACCGCCAGCCCAUGCUGAGCCCCGAGAUGGUGCAGGCGCUGCUGGUGGAGGAGCUGCUGUCCGCAGCCAACGCCUCGGCCCCCGCUCCCUACAGGGCAGAGUACGAGGUGGACCCUGAGGGCCUGGUGAUCCUGGAAGCCAGCGUAAAAGACAUAAUUUUGCUGAAUUCCACUCUGGGCUGCUACCGCUACAGCUACGUGGGCCGGGGCCAGGUCCUCCAGCUGCAGGGGCCCGACGCCCUGGCCUCCAGCUGCCUGUGGCACCUGCAGGGCCCUGCGGACCUCAUGCUCAAGCUCAGGCUCGAGUGGACGCUGGCCGACUGCCGGGACCGGCUGGCCAUGUACGACGUGGCGGGGCCGCUGGAAAGGAGGCUCAUCACCUCGGUCUACGGCUGCAGCCGCCAGGAGCCGGUGGUGGAGGUCCUGGCGUCGGGCGCCGUCAUGGCGGUGGUCUGGAAGAAGGGCCUGCACAGCUACUACGACCCCUUCGCGCUCUCCGUGCAAUCCGUGGCCUUCCAGCCCUGCGAGGUGAACCUGACCCUGGAGAGCCAGCUGGAGAGCCGGGGCAUCCUCAGCACCCCGUACUUCCCCAGCUACUACUCGCCCAACACCCACUGCUCCUGGCACCUCAUGGUGCCCUCCCUCGACUACGGCUUGGCCCUCUGGUUCGACGCCUAUGCACUGCGGAGGCAGAAGUACGACCUGCCGUGCACCCAGGGCCAGUGGACGAUCCAGAACCGGAGGCUGUGCGGCCUGCGCACCCUGCAGCCCUACGCCGAGCGGAUCCCCGUGGUGGCCAGCACCGGCAUCACCAUCAACUUCACCUCCCAGAUCUCGCUCACCGGGCCCGGCGUGCAGGUGCACUACGGCCUGUACAACCAGUCGGACCCGUGCCCCGGGGAGUUCCUCUGCUCCGUGAACGGGCUCUGUGUGCCCGCCUGCGACGGGGUCAAGGACUGCCCCAACGGCCUGGACGAGAGAAACUGCGUGUGCAGAGCCACAUUCCAGUGCCAAGAGGACAGCACGUGCGUCUCCCUGUCCAGGGUCUGUGAUGGGCAGCCAGACUGUCUCAACGGAAGUGAUGAAGAGCAGUGCCAGGAAGGGGUGCCCUGUGGCACGUUCACCUUCCAGUGCGAGGACCGGAGCUGCGUGAAGAAGCCCAACCCGCAGUGCGACGGGCGGCCCGACUGCAGGGACGGCUCUGACGAGCUGCACUGCGACUGUGGCCUCCAGGGCCCCUCUGGCCGCAUUGUGGGCGGGGCCGUGUCCUCAGAGGGGGAGUGGCCGUGGCAGGCCAGCCUCCAGGUCCGGGGCCGCCACAUCUGUGGGGGGGCCCUCAUCGCGGACCGCUGGGUGAUAACAGCCGCCCACUGCUUCCAGGAGGACAGCAUGGCCUCCCCGGCGCUGUGGACGGUGUUCCUGGGCAAGGUGUGGCAGAGCUCGCGCUGGCCGGGCGAGGUGUCCUUCAAGGUGAGCCGCCUGCUGCUGCACCCGUACCACGAGGAGGACAGCCACGACUACGACGUGGCCCUGCUGCAGCUGGACCAGCCCGCCGUGCGCUCCGCCGCCGUGCGCCCCGUCUGCCUGCCCGCGCGCUCCCACUUCUUCGAGCCGGGCCUGCACUGCUGGAUCACGGGCUGGGGCGCCCUUCGAGAGGGGGGGCCCACCAGCAACGGCCUGCAGAAGGUGGACGUACAGCUGAUCACGCAGGACCUGUGCAGCGAGGCCUACCGCUACCAGGUGACGCCCCGCAUGCUGUGCGCCGGCUACCACAAGGGCAAGAAGGACGCCUGCCAGGGUGACUCAGGCGGCCCGCUGGUGUGCAGGGAGCCCAGUGGCCGCUGGUUCCUGGCGGGGCUGGUCAGCUGGGGCCUGGGCUGCGGCCGGCCCAACUACUUUGGCGUCUACACCCGCAUCACAGGUGUGAUCGGCUGGAUCCAGCAGGUGCUGACCUGA